GUUUGAGCGUUUCUCUGAGCAUGCGCAGUAAAAGCUGCGCGGCCAGUUCCUCUGGAUUACUUACCUGGAAGGUGCAUCAGUUUCGGUCAGUGGAGAAAGCGAAAAAAUACCGCGAGCGGAAAAAAAAAUACACGCGGGUCUCGAAACUAAAACCGCAAUCAUACUGAUGGACAUUGAUGGCGCUGAAGAUCUAGUGAAAUAAACAUUACGCAGUGGGGAGACGCUGAGAACGUCUGAGAAGCUCCGAGGCAGAGAGAGAGAGAGAGUGUGUGUGUGUUUUCUCUGUCCUGCGUGACAAGUCCUCCAGCUCUCUACAGGUCUGCGUCUCAUCAGCUCGCUCUGGUGCCGCAGGACCGCUGUGUUCGUGAUCUCCAUAAUCAUCCGGCGCUCAUAUUCACCUCGGAGCGCGUAUUACGGACUUCACACGUCACUUUCCGCGGUUCGCCGCGUCGCUUCUUCGCCCGCUUUCUCUUUCACUUGAAAGAUGAUGAGUUUUCUGCGCAGGACGUUCAGCCUCCGCUCACGGAGACGAUUCCGACCGUCCGAUGAGCUCGACGGUGGCGGACGAGGCGUAAACCCUGCGCUUCAGUCUCACCAGCAGCAGCACCAGAUACCCGCCGUGGUGACCGGAGGCACUGUGGUGCAUAUCCCCGCCGCGGGCAACAGCAAAGCGGCCAUCACAUGCAGAGUUCUGCUGUUAGACGGCUCGGAUGUCAAUGUAGAAUUACCGAAAAAUGCAAAGGGACAGGACCUGUUUGAUCAAAUCAUGUAUCAUUUGGACCUUGUUGAGGCUGAUUAUUUUGGACUGCAGUUCAUGGACCCGGAACAGGUUACGCACUGGCUGGAUGUUGCCAAACCCAUAAAAAAGCAGAUUAGAUACGGACCCUCGUACAGGCUGUUUUUCAGGGUGAAGUUCUACUCAUCAGAACCCAAUAACCUUCAUGAGGAGUUCACAAGGUACCUCUUUGUGCUGCAGCUCAGACAAGACAUUCUGUCUGGCAAAUUAAAGUGUCCAUAUGAUGUAUCUGUGGAUCUUGGGGCUUAUUGCCUACAGAGUGAGUUGGGAGAUUGCGACCCAUUAGAACACACUCCGCUGUUGGUGUCAGAGUUCCGGUUCUCGCCUAACCAGUCAGAGAUAAUGGAGGCGGACAUUUACCGCAAAUGGGCCGAGUGCAGAGGAGUGAGUCCAUCACAAGCUGAGCUGAACUUUCUGAAUAAGUGUAAGUGGCUGGAGAUGUAUGGCGUUGACAUGCAUUUUGUAAAGGGACGUGAUGGGGGAGAUUAUGCUCUGGGUCUUACACCAACAGGAAUUCUGGUGUUUGAAAGGUCUAACAAAAUUGGCCUCUUCUUUUGGCCCAAAAUCACACGUCUGGAUUUCAAGAAGAACAGGCUGACACUAAUGGUUGUGGAAGAUGAUGAACAGGGUCGUGAGCAGGAGCACACAUUUAUGUUUCUGCUCUCCAGUUCAGCAGCAUGUAAGCAGCUGUGGAAGUGUGCCGUCGAAAGCCAUGCUUUCUUCCGCCUCAGACAGCCGACCCAGAGCAAAGCGAGCCGCAAUGACUUCACACGCCUUGGCUCACGCUUCCGCUUCAGCGGAAGGACCGAGUAUCAAACAACUCAUUCAGGCAGGAUCAGAAGGGCAAGCACUUUUGAGAGACGUCCAAGCAAAAGAUAUCCAUCCAGAACCCAAUCACUUGGCAAAGCCAUUACUCCAGCAAAACAUCACCAUCCAAGUGCCCAGCCUAGUCCUGAUCCCAAAUUAAAACCGACAUUGAUUUCUUUGAAGUAUCAGCACAACAUUCCGAUUGGUCAGGAGCCUUGGUCCAGAACACACCCACCCAGUUUGACGCCACCCCUUUACAUCCAGCCGACUGAAAUGGCACACAAUCCACCACCUCACAGACCGCCCCAUGCAGGCAGACCCUCUUUCAGCGACAUAGUAUUGGAUUUUAGUUUCCCACUGAGCAGUGCAGAUACCCAAAGGUUCAGUGUGGAAGAGAAUGAGACUCUGCUUUCAGCAACGCUUCACUACUGCUAUCGAUGGCAUGGAUAUGAGAAACAGGAAGUCCCAUGCCUCACUUUAACCAAGCCUAAGCCAUGGGAUGUUCCUGCAGCGCACACAGAAGAUGUUGACCGAUCUUUACGGAGUCCGAAACAGUUUCAACCAGAUACAAUACCCUGGCCAACACUUCACAUCAACAUUGAUACAGCAGAAGAAAAGUUACUGUCAGAAAAAAGCCUCCCUUCUUCUCCAGCUGGCAUACAGGAUCAGCGCAAAAGCAAUGUUCUCAGACAUACGAUGCACAGUGAGAGUGCAAAUUCACGGGGAAAUUGUUCCAGUGGAGACCCGGACAACAGAAUGGCCAGCUCCUCUCAGGAUUCAGCCUCCAGCAGUGCGACAACGGAAAGGCCACGACUGGAACGCCGCAAACGCCUUGUUAGACAGUUCAGCUUUAACCACAGUGAUGAAGAUGAUCUCCCAGAUGCGCUUGCAGCCAUUUCUUCACAGAGCAACAUGAAAAGAUCCACGUCCAACAGCUCGCUGGACAAACAGGUCCAGCCACCAAUCUACCCCCCGCAAAAAGUCUCACCAUUGGAGCACAGCAACAAAUCUCCAUUCUAUUCAGGGUCAGUCAAUCAUUACCUCCAUUUCAGUGCACGCAACCAGAGCAACGAAGACCUGAGAAUGGAGAGAGAAAAGCUGCUGAGAGCUUUACUCAUGACAGAACUCUGAGACUGUACACACAGUCAUACAUAUGCAUAAUCAGUUGUGCUGUAAUGAUUUUUUUUUACAUUUAAGUGGUAUUAAUUAUAUUUCUAAUUGUAGAGCUUAUCACUCUUACAGCGCACAUGUGCAAAUUCAUGCUUCUAAAAUAUUAUUUAUUAAAAAAAACUUUUAUUUGCUGCACCUGCUUUUAAAGGGUACUUUAUUUAGUCCUCAUGCUUGUUUUACGCCAUGAUUAGAGCAUAUUGUAUGUGAGUUAUUGUAAAUAAUGCACUGCACAUGCCUAAUGUACAUACACUGUAAUAAAAAAGGGAUCUUUCA